AUGCCUGAGUCGAAGAGCUUGGGUGACUGCUGCGACUGGAAAGACCGGCGCGGCCACAGGGACAGCGACGACCUUUCGCUGCUCAUGGACCGCUGCUGGACGAGCAGUCCGACAAGGAGGCCCGACUUCCGAGAGCUUAAGGACGUCAUACGGAGGCUAAACAAACUUCCGUGCAGCGCCAGCGAGGCGCUGUUGGAGGCACUGGUGGGCCGGCUGGAGCAGUACGCCAGCAGCCUCGAAUCUCUGGUGGAGGAUCGCACCGCUGACUACCUCGAACAAAAGCGGAAAGCCGAGGACCUCUUAUACCAAUUGCUUCCCAAGUGA